AUGGAACAGCUAGACGACCCUGCCAGCAGUCCUCAGCCAUAUAUCGAGGCAUCAAGGGAAGACAGCCAUGUCGUCUCGGCUGAAGUCAAACACCGCUCCGUCAUGCGAGGCUUCUUAGAAUCUGGAGCGGAAUUCAACUGGCCGCCAGAAGUGGGCUCGAUGAAAGAUAACAACUGCCAUAUUCACCGACACGUCAAUCGUGUUCCUUUGAUCCACAAGCGCAAUAUCUCGAGUAAAAAGGCUAUCAUUGACGAAUUCAAUAUAGACCCAGUCUACCCAUACAGAUUCACACUGCCAUUCAUUGUAAAGGAGGCCAGGUCAGACAAAGGAGGAACACACAGAGAAGAGGCCGCCAAGGAGAUAAAUAAUAUGAGAGACCUUCGUCAUCCCCACAUUGCCGCGUUGCUGGGAACCUAUGAAUACCAGGCUCGCCUUUGCAUAUUGAUCUUUCCCGUCGCAAGCUGCGAUUUAGAUCAAUUCAUGCGCUCCAUUUCGGUUGAUAUUCGCGGGGACCCUUUGCCGGCGCAAGAAUAUGGUCGGAUACUCUGUCGAUGGGAUAGCACCAGCUCCUCGGCCGCUUCUGUCAGCGCUGCGGGAGACCUUGCCAGCCAGCAGGGCGAUAGAUCCUCACAAGGCGGCAAAUUAGAUUAUUGGCCAUUAGAUGUCCCUUUGGCUGAGAAGAAGGCUUACUUACGUCGUUACUUUGUUUGUCUUAGUGGGGCUUUGAAAUAUCUACAUGAGUCUGGAGUACGCCACAAAGACGUCAAACCCGCCAAUAUAUUGAUCGACAGAUCGGGGUCUGCGAUCUUGACGGAUUUUGGUAUAUCUAAGCGAUUUACUAAGAAUGAAUCCCACGUCACGAGUACUGAGCGGGCUUUCACUAAGAAAUAUGGUUCACCAGAAAUGAUGAACAGCCGCCCCACUCCAAGAGGCGAUCAAUCCGAUGUCUUCUCUCUGGGGUGUGUCUUUCUUGAGAUGGCUACUCUGUUGUUUCACCACGAUCAUACGCUACUGCAGAAACAUUGUUCUCACAUUGUCAACGAUACCGCAGUCGAGGAUGCCUACCAUCUGAAUUUGCCGAAAGCUUAUUCUUGGUUAGACCACAUGAAAAGCUCUCAAAGUACACAAAUCGGCAACAUAGGUACCUUGCUAGAGUCGAGCUCCGAAUCAUUUGAUGAAUCAGGUGAUUCAGGUGAAUCUACUAGAGCUUUGAUUACUUCCCUUCCCAACAUUCGGAAAAUGUUAGAUGAAGACCCUCCGAAACGGCCAAAAUCGGACGAGUUAUGUGUGCUUUUUCAAUCCAUCAGCUCUGAACAAUGCGAAGAUUGUGACCCUCGGCGCCCGAAUGAUAUUUGGAAACCCUCUACCCAGCAGAGAGAGAAUUUGGCGACUGGUCGUCAACGUCGUGACGCUCGGUCCAACGAAAAGCAGCCUGUCUCGGAACUAAGACUAAGGCGAAGCUCUUUAGCACCCGAAGAGUCGCAAGAGACUCAGCAGCACAAACGAAGACGUCCUCGGUCGUACCCACCUGCGAUUUCACCCAAGACAGUCAUAGUGCCAGAGGUACCUGCGAUUACACAUCGCCAUGAGUUGUUCGGCUAUUCGAGACCGUCAACACCAAAGGCAGAGGACAGAAAGCAAUGGAAGGAAGGGACACAAUCACCCCAUCGUCCAGUAUUAAACACUCUAGAGAAUCAGAUCCCGGAUAUCAAAGAGAACGUGACCGAAGAUGAGCUGAGAGCGACUGACGACCGUGACACCAAAACAAAGGACGUAACGAUAGACGAAUCUAAGAUAAACGACUUACAUACGGAUGAAUCAUCAACGUAUGACUCUGCACCAGAUGAGAAUGGUGGAACUUUCAUAGGUGAAUCUUUGUCAUUCCAAAUGUCGAAGCCUGACUGA